UGACACCAGUACAGGGAUCCCAGUGACAUCCCAGUGUCCCCAGUACAGCCCAAAGGGACACCUGGAGAUCUGUCACCUGCUGUUACAGGCCGGAGCCAACAUCAACGCCGUGGACAAGCAGCGCCGGACGCCGCUGAUGGAGGCCGUGGCCAACGAUCAGCUGGAGACGGCGCGGUACCUGCUGCAGAGGGGGGGGUGCGCCUACAGCCAGGAGGAGGACGGCUCCACCUGCCUGCACCACGCGGCCAAGAACGGGAACCUGGAGAUGGUGGAGCUGCUGCUGAGCACCGGCCAGGUGGACGUCAAUGCACAGGACAGCGGGGGCUGGACCCCCAUCAUCUGGGGAUGGGUUGGGCUGGUCAGUGGCUGGUCAGUGAUGGUCAGUGAUGGUCAGUGAGUGGUCACUCUUGCCCCCCAGGACAGCGGGGGCUGGACCCCCAUCAUCUGGGGAUGGGUUGGGGUGGUCAGUGGCUGGUCAGAGGGUGGUCAGUGAUGGUCAGUGCUGGUCAGUGAU